UUUGCCCCCUUAUCCAUUCCAAAAUUCUGCAGCAAAAGAAAACCCUGCAAAAACCUCCUCAAUUCAUCAAUGGCGCCUCGUUCCACAACAAUUUUGCUCUAGAAAUCUUAUCUCCAACGACGCCGUUUUAUAAUCUCGAUUUCCAAUGGAGCUGUAUUCCUCAUUCAAAUCACACCCAAAACCAGACCUAUCAUUCACAACCUCACUCUCGCCAUUCCCAUUCCAAAGCAGCCACCUCAAAUUCCCCAAAACCCCAUCAAAUUUCUUCACCGUUUCAUCAGUCGCCGCCGCCGCCGCCGCCGACCCAAAAGAUCUCCCCCAAAACAGCCCGCAGCGGCUUCUCAAAGAGUUGGCCGAGCGGAAAAAAGUAGUUUCCCCGAAGCGAAAGCCACCCCCAAAGAGAUUCAUACUCAAACCCCCACUCGACGACGCUAAGCUCGCCGAGAGAUUCCUCAACAGCCCGCAAUUAUCGCUGAAAUCAUUCCCACUACUGAGUUCCUGCCUCCCUUCAACCCGUUUAAACAACGCCGACAAAACAUGGAUGGACGAGUACUUGCUCGAAGCGAAACAGGCGUUAGGGUACCCGUUGGAACCCUCGGAUAAUUACGGCGACGACAAUCCGGCUAAGCAAUUCGAUACGCUGCUGUACAUGGCAUUUCAGCACCCUCACUGUGAGAGGACUAAUGCUAGGCACGUGAGGUCGGCGCAUUCGAGGCUGAGUUUCUUGGGUGAGUUUGUGUUGGAAAUGGCGCUCUGCGAGUUUUUCUUGCAGCGGUACCCGAGGGAAUCGCCGGGACCCAUGAGGGAGAGGGUUUAUGCUUUGAUAGGGAAGAGGUAUCUGCCCAAGUGGAUUAAAGCUGCUAGCUUGCAGAAUUUGAUUUUCCAGUUUGAUGAUAUGGAUAAGCUGCAAAGGAAGGAUCGCGAGCCCCCCGUGAAGUCCGUGUUCUGGGCGUUAUUUGGGGCAAUAUAUCUGUGCUUUGGCAUGCCGGAAGUGUAUCGUGUUCUUUUCGAAGUGUUUGGAAUGGAUCUUGAAGCUGAAGAUUGUCAACCUAAACUAAGGAGACAGCUCGAAGAUGUUGACUAUGUCUCCGUUGAGUUCGAUACCCGAAAACUCGGCUGGCAGGAUGUCGCUGCUUAUAAGCCACCGGAAGAUGCUCUAUUUGCUCAGCCUAGGCUUUUCAGAGCAUGUGUGCCACCUGGCAUGCAUAGAUUCCGUGGGAAUAUUUGGGAUUACGAUAGCAGACCUCAAGUCAUGAAAACCCUAGGGUACCCUUUGCCUAUGGUGGAUAGAAUUCCUGAGAUUACCGAAGCAAGAAAUAUCGAGCUUGGAUUAGGAUUGCAGCUUGCUUUCAUGCACCCGUCCAUGUACAAGUUUGAACAUCCGCGGUUUUGCUUUGAGCGUCUGGAAUAUGUUGGUCAAAAGAUCCAGGAUCUUGUAAUGGCUGAGAGGUUGCUUAUGAAGCAUCUAGAUGCUCCCGGAAGAUGGUUACAGGAAAAACACCGUCGUAUUCUAAUGAACAAGUUCUGCGGCAAGUACUUGAGGGAGAAUUAUCUACACCGAUUCAUUAUCUACAGUGAAGAGGUACAAGAUUCUUACGAGCAUAAUCGAAGGUUGAGAAAUCCAGCCACCACAUCAGUUCAACAAGCUAUACACGGGCUUUCUUACGCUGUUUAUGGCAAGCCCGAUGUUAGGAGACUCAUGUUCGAGGUUUUCGAUUUCGAGCAGAUCCAGCCCAAGACGGUUACUAGAUGAAUAAGAUUUAACCUAAUCCCAUGAUACACUAUAAUUUCAAAAUAUAUUCAUAGACCAAGUAUGAUAAUGAUGAUGAGAAGCAGCAGAAGAAGAUCAUGUGUACAGAGUUGCAUUUUUUUGAUAUUGUUAUAAAGGAUUAUAAUUUUGUAUUAA